GUGUCACUUGUAUUUGUAUGGAAGGAGUAUAAAAUGUGUUAACAAAUACAUAUAUGCAAGGUCAUUCCAGUCUAAUUGUGUUUACUUUCGUUACUACCAGUCACUCGAAUGCUAUCGGAGUUUAUCUCAAAAACUUAAGAGAAGUGAUAAUCGUGAGCAGUGCACUGUUUACAAAAAAUUAAAAUGUUUCGCUUACGCACAGUAAACCUAGUGAAAAAAAAGUGCCGUCAAUUGUCCAUCGAGGCGGUUCAGAAUAAGGGAAAAAUCAAGGUCAACGAUCAGGUAGAAAGUCCGCUCACAGACUUAUUUGGGAGAAACCACACAUACUUGCGAAUAUCACUCAGUGAGAGAUGUAAUUUACGAUGUCAAUAUUGUAUGCCUGAAGAAGGGGUCAAACUAUCCCCGAGCGAAAAAAUCCUAACAUCUGACGAAAUCAUUCAAAUAUCACGCCUUUUUGUUAACGAAGGAGUGACUAAAAUCAGACUAACGGGGGGUGAGCCCACUGUACGGAGAGAUUUGCUCGCAAUCAUAGAAAAUUUGAAAAAAAUCGAAGGGCUUGAAACAGUAGCGAUGACCACAAACGGUUUAACUCUGACACGUCAGUUGGUUGCCCUACAAAGGGCAGGCUUAGACAUAGUUAAUAUAAGUUUAGACACCCUAAAGCGGGACAAAUACGAGUUUAUUACGAGACGAAAAGGGUGGGAAAGGGCCAUGAUGGGGAUUGACUUGGCCCUACAGUUGGGGUACGACCCUGUUAAAAUUAAUUGUGUCGUCAUGAAAGGGUUCAAUGACGACGAAAUAAUCGAUUUUGUCGGUUUUACCAAAGAUAGAAACGUCGAUAUAAGAUUUAUCGAGUACAUGCCGUUCACGGGAAAUAAAUGGGAUUUGAGUAAAUUAGUGUCAUAUCGAGAUAUGUUAUCUGUGAUAAAAAAACAAUACCCCGAUUUGUACCCUCUUGAAAACAAACCAAACGAUACGUCUAAAGCCUGGAAGGUACCAAAAUUUCGAGGACAAGUAGGUUUUAUAACAUCGAUGAGUGAGCACUUUUGUGGCUCUUGCAACCGCUUAAGAAUCACAGCUGACGGGAAUCUUAAAGUUUGCCUCUUUGGAAACACUGAAAUUUCAUUACGAGAUGCACUACGAAGUGGUUGCAGUGAAGACGAUCUAAUCGCUUUAGUAAACGCGGCUGUGAAAAGGAAAAAAAAGCAGCAUGCAGGUACAAAAAUUGCAUGCUUGAACCGCUUGCAUAAAUAUAAUUACAGGCAUGCUGAACCUUUCUCAGAAGCUCCCAUUUUGGCCCGCGCCUACUCAACCAAGCUCAGUCACGUCACCUCCGAAGGCAAGGCCACUAUGGUGGACGUCACCCCGAAGCCAGAUACUGUGAGGACAGCCAAAGCUCGGGGCAUUGUCCGGGUCAAUUACAAAACGUGCGAUUUAAUUCGGGACGUCACUGCGAAAAAAGGCGACGUUUUGACCGUUGCACAACUUGCUGGCAUUAUGGGGGCGAAAAAAACGUCCCAACUCAUUCCCUUGUGCCACAAUAUUGCGAUUAGCAACGUCCAAGUCAACGUCAAGCUCAAUUACGAGCAGAAACACAUCGACAUUGAGGCGAGUGUGCGGUCCGUUGGCAAGACUGGUGUCGAGAUGGAAGCUUUGACCGCUGUCAGUGUGGCGGCACUGACUGUUUACGAUAUGUGCAAGUCGGUCAGUCACGACAUUGUGAUUGGUGAAAUAUCUCUCGUGAGCAAGAGUGGGGGCAAGAGUGACUUCGGCGAGCCAAUCGUAUUGAAGACGCUCGAGGAGUCUGUCAAGGAUACGGAAAUACGGGUGGGAGCAAUCUGAUCUAUCGUUUGUUACUGUUUAUUGUUACAAAAUUGCGCCAAAAUAAAUAAUUACUUACUUA